ACAAAUCCUACAGGUAUACUUCCUGUUAGAUUACACGUAGCGUCACCGCUGUGUGCUGUUGCUAGAGUAGGAAGAUAUCAACAAACGACGACUUUUCCCGCUUCCUUUAAAGAAUGUAACGUUACGGUUAAUAUUCUCUCCGGUUUAACGUCAGUGCUCUGGAUUAUAAUGACGCCACAGACGCGCGUGCUGCUGCGUUUGGCCUCAUAUGUAGGCUAAGCUAAGUCAUCAAGCUAAUAUUGGCAAGCGGGUUAGCAAGCCCUUUUGUUGUUUACAGUUUCUUCCAAGAUGUAUACUUUAUUAUCCGGAUUAUAUAAGUACAUGUUCCAGAAGGACGAAUACUGCGUUUUGAUCCUGGGACUGGACAACGCCGGGAAAACGACCUUUCUGGAACAAACCAAAACAAAGUUCAGUAAGAACUAUAAGGGAAUGAAUUUAUCAAAGAUCACAACCACAGUUGGCCUGAACAUCGGUACAAUCGAUGUGGGCAAGGCUCGUCUAAUGUUCUGGGAUCUGGGGGGUCAGGAGGAGCUCCAGUCUCUGUGGGACAAAUACUACGCCGAGUCCCACGGAGUCAUCUAUGUGAUCGAUUCAACUGAUGAAGAGCGUCUGUCGGAAUCAAAGGAGGCCUUUGAGAAUAUGAUCAGCAGCGAGGCGUUAGAAGGUGUCCCUCUCCUCGUGCUGGCCAACAAGCAGGAUGUACCGAACUGUUUGUCAGUGCCAGAUAUUAAAACAGCCUUCAGUGACUCUGCCCCGAAGAUUGGCAAGAGAGAUUGUUUAGUCCAGCCCUGCACCGCCCUCACAGGGGAUGGAGUGAACGAGGGCAUUGAGUGGAUGGUGAAGUGCGUGGUCCGAAACAUCCACAGGCCUCCCAGACAGAAGGACAUCACGUAAGAAGUCAUCAGCACCCUUGAUACCUCUUUGAACCGCAAGUUUCUCCUCGGGACAUUCCACAUCAACCCUGGAGCUGAUAACUCUCCUCUCUCCUCGUGUUUGCUGUGACUUUGAACACUUUGAAUUUCUGCUUUCAGAAGUUCAUUACAGACACAGUGCGACAAUACUUUUUAUCACUAAGCAUAAUUUGCUUUGAAUGGACUUCUGUCUGUUCCACUUUUGAAAGCGGUGUUGUGAUUUCUUCUACUUUAUGUGUAAGCAGCAGCCCCAGUCUCUGAACUGUGUGUCUGCAUGGAGCUUCGCUGACUGACACCCUGCUCUGCGAUCGCAAGAGCACAGAAACCGCUUAACUACACAAUUCUUAGCCCACAUUUUUAAAGUUAAAGUGAAAUUUGAACUUUCCUAAAUUUUUGUGUAAGCUAAUAUUAAAGCCCCUACAAGGAACGUUCAUUUUAUUUUUGAUUCUGGUGGCCCCUGUGGACAAAAGCAGUAAUGUUUGUACUGCCUUGUUUGAUUGAUUUCAAGAAAAAUUCGACCGAAUUCCGAUUCCCACAAGAACUUACUUAAGUUGAUGUUAUUUCACCACCUGCUGAGUCACUGUCAAACUCCGGCACACCCAGUGCUGUGUGUAGCUGGGAUUAGCUGUCUCUCCUCCAGCUGUGGUAAUGAAUGACCAGAAUUGAAAAUUUCAGGGUUCCCACUCACCCUGGCAAACCUGGAAGUCCAGGCAUGGAAACACCUGGAAAUGUAUAAAGCUAACCACAUUAUCCUGGAAAUCUAUGUUGUCCAUGAAAAUUUAGAUUUUACUUUAGCCUGUGCUGUGGUCAAAUUAAUGUUACCGUUAGAGGAAAACUGUAGACGGUUCGGAGAGCAUAAAAAUCAUCUGUGAUGGGAACAGCCAAGCACACCAUGAACGCGAGCUAACGCUGAGUAUCCCUUAAAUCCCUUUAUGAGCAAGUUCUGUCCUGUGUUGUUCAGAAAAAAACCCUGGGAAAUGUUCUGGAAAGGCCCUGGAAAACAAUUUCUUAAAAAGAGUGGAAACCCUGAAAUCACAGUGGCAUUUGUUUGCUGUAUCCUCAGCACUUGUGCCAUAACAGUGCGGUAUCUGUAAUUUGAAUCACAACACACUUUGAGUAGGGAUUGUUCAAUCAAAGAUUGUACUUGACAAAUGCCUGCACUGAACUGAAGUGAUAAAACUCUGAAUGUGGUGUAAACCCAUCAAAUUACAGCAACGGCAUCAUCAGAAACCAAACAGUCACACCUCCUGGGCAAUACCAGUGGUUCUGUGACUGCAGACAGAUAAAAGAAGAAUAAGAAAUGUGGUAAUUACUAUUUUGGUAAACACAUCAACACACUAAGUCUUUCUAAGCAAAAAUGUAUUUUAAUUUUAGUUUAACUUUAAGGUUUGAACUUCACACAGUUGCCAGGAUUCCUUACUUUGCUUACUCUACUUGCUGUUGACGUGUUCUUGCCCUUAAAAAACGUGACUUGUAUUACUCUGUAUUCAUCAUGUUUUUGACUUCACAUGACUACCAUAGGACAAAUUCAUGAUGGAUAAAUGAGAACAAAUAACUUUUUUAAAAAUUUUUUUGAAAGGUUAGACUCACAACUUUGACUUUGAGGAGUUUUCUUGUGGCAGCUGUGUACUGUGGACAGUUCAGAUCCUAAUAAUGUGUAUUGCAUUGCAUUGUGUAUGCAUUAUUUGGCUCACAGCAGAGGGCAACUCAAUGGGGCUCCAUGCAGACUCUGGUGCAGUAUCCCAAACAGCACCACACUUUACAGACUUUUGUGAGUAGUACACAUACUAUUCAACAGCCACUAAUUGUUGUUUUAGAGGUUUCUUUUUGUUACCAGUUUAUCCUUUGACCUCUGUAAAACAGCCAUAGUUUGGUCAAAACUGAAACUGGAAAUGUUGAUAUUCAUAACUGGGUCAGAUGGAGAUCCUACAGCUGCUUGGGGAACUGGACAGUGUGUCCUGAACACACUGAGAAAACUUACUGCCCCCUGCUGAAUCACCAGUAGUUGGGGCAUAUGAGGUGGUUAAAAUAAGGUGACACCCCCUGUCAGUCACAUAUGUGGUAGAUGAUGAUGAUGAUGAUGAUAAUAAAGUUCUGAUUUUAAAGAAAA